UGCGGCUCUUUGGUGACGCUACAUUAGAGUGGACCAAUUAUCUAUAUAUACAUCAUUGGAGUGGAUAUGGCCCAGCCUCGUGUCUUCUGCUUGGUCCUCCUCACCGUGGCUCUCGGAGCCCAGGCUCUAACCCCAUCUCACCACCUGUCCCUGUCAGACGUGGAGAGACUUAAGGGCCUCCUAAGCCAACCCUUCACAGACCUGGCAUCAGCAUACUACUCAAUCGUUGGUCUGAGCAAGCUUGGAGCCUCAGUUGCUGAUGAAAAUGAUGCCUGUCAGUUUCUGAAGGCCCAACUGGACCCAAUGAGUGUCGACUCCCUCUUCUUCGCUGCUGAGGCCAGUCAGGCCAUCUCAGACUGCGAGAUACCAGUAUCCAACGAGACCCGUGACAUCCUUCUGGCAGCAGUCAGCGAGGACUCUACUGUGACACAGAUCUUCAGAGCUGUCAGUGCCCUCAGUUCCCUGGGGCUUCCUCUGGCUUCACAGGAAGUCGUCGCUGCCCUGGUCGCCCGUAUUGCCAAGGAGGACAACGUCUUGGCGAUCACCACGGCACUCCAGACUGCCACCCGUCUUUCCCAGCAGGCUGAGCUCGGAGGAAUCCUGGAGGAGAUUGAGGAUCUGGCAGCACGAUUGGAUGACUUGGGUGGAGUGUACCUCCAGUUUGAGGAGGGACUUGAGGCGACUGCCCUCUUUGUGACAGCAGCCUACACACUGUCAGACCAUGCGGACACGGAGCCUCCUCUGAAAGAGGACCAGGUGAUCCAACUGGUGAACUCUGUGUUCAGUAAGAAGUCCUGGGACUCCCGGUCUGAGGCGUUCAGCGUAGCCUGUGCUGCUGCCGCCCUCUCCAGCAACCGCUUCCACGUGCCAGUCAUCGUCAGCACCCAGGGGCCUGCCACAGUCUCCCACAGCCAGCCAAUCCUGCAUCUUCUGGUGACUGACAUCCUGUCCAAUCCUCUUGCCUCAGCCAGUGUGCUGGUGGAAUCUGCUCAAGCUGUAGCCUCUAAGAGCGUCGUACUCAGCCAGGCACCUUUCUCCCUCAGAGAUGGCAUUUUUGAACUUAACUUCAUGGCUGGCCAGCCAGCUAGUGGAUAUUACCAGUUUACUGUGGCUGUCACUGGGGACAGCCGAUUGGUUGCCAAUCAGGUUGAGCUGAAAGUGAAGGUGUCCACUGAGGUAGCCAUCACUAAUAUGGACCUGUCUGUAGUGGAUAAGGACCAGAGCAUUGGCACCAAGACAUCCAGGGUGGACUAUCCCUUCAAGGCCAAGGGCUCCUUUACUGCAGACAGCCACCAGAACUUUGCCAUGACUUUCCAGUUAGUGGAUGUCAACACCGGAGUAGAGCUCACCCCCCACCAGACCUUUGUGAGGUUUCACAAUCAGAAAACUGGCCAGGAGGUUGUGUUUGUGGCUGAGCCUGACAGUAAGAACCUUUAUAAGUUUGAGCUGGACACAGCAGAGAGGAAGUCUGAGUUUGACUCCAUGUCUGGGACCUAUGCCCUCCACCUCAUCGUGGGAGAUGCCACCUUGGAGAACCCCAUUCUGUGGAACGUGGCUGAUGUUGUCCUGAAGUUCCUUGAUGAGGAGGCCCCAGCAGCCAUCCAGUCCAAGACCCUUUACAUGCCCAAACCAGAUAUCCAGCACUUGUUCCGGGAGCCUGAGAAGAAGCCACCCACGGUGGUGUCCAACACCUUCACAGCCCUCGUCCUCUCGCCAUUCCUCCUGCUGCUUAUUCUGUGGUUCAAACUCGGGGCCAACAUCUCAAACUUCAGCCUCUCCCCCAGCGCUGUGCUCUUCCAUGUGGGCCAUGCAUGCAUGCUGGGUCUGAUGUACAUCUACUGGACUCACCUCAACAUGUUCCAGACCCUCAAGUACCUGGCCAUCAUCGGCAGUAUCACCUUCCUGGCUGGAAACCGCAUGCUGGCCCAGAAAGCAGUCAAGAGACUUGCAAGUAAAUGACAGAAGAUUGAAGAAGAUUUAAAGAUGCUUCAUUUUUGGUUUUCAAGGAUUCCUUUAUGGACACAUCAUCAACCAUCAGACUGUCAUCAAAGGCAUGUUAUUCUGUGAAUCCAAUGGACAAUUUGAAAUGCAGAUUGACUUUUUUAUUUUUCAACUUGAAAAUAAUGAAUGUUAUAAUCAAAGGUGUUGGUAGAGGGACAGGACAGAGGGACAGGACAGAUGCUCACUGACACUACUCCUAUUGAGGGCUGGAAAGCUAACCAUCCUUGCACUUCAUUUUUCUGUGACUUUUUUGCAAAUGCCUUAUUUUUUUUUUCAUGGCAGGUUUGGGGAUAUAAUUUGUGGUUUCAUAAUGAAAUCGGGAUGGAUUUGUUUUUUUGUAAGUUCCUGUUUCUCUGUGCCCAUCUUACCACUGUUGCGUCAAAAUUUGCGUCAAGAAGUGAACCAUUUGAUUUUUUAAAGGCCUUUUGAUGUAAGUUUGACUGUGGGCUUCACUGACAUGUUCAUCAUAAAUCUGUAUUGUAUUUUUGUCUUCUCACUGAAUUACAUGUGGAGGGUGUGGAUCUAUUUUCCCCUUACAAUAAAGACCUAACCCUCUCUAGAACAAAAUAGUUGCUGGGCAAUUCUAGAAAAUCCUGUUUUUGUAAUGAAAUGAAGAAAGAAAUGGGGAUUAAUGAGUGUACUGCUUUUUCUUCUGGGUGCAAUACACACUUUAGUGUUAUUCUAUCAUUUUUAUUUUUUAAAAGUAAUUAAAAUAGUAGUCCUUU